AGGCUUGGAAGAGAUGACCAUAUGAAUUUAAGGAUAACCCAUGGUAGGGUGGAAGAUCGGAAUCCAGUAAUUUAUGAGAGGCAUCACUACAUGUACUUUCUCCAUCAAAAAAAUGAUUGUCUUUCCCAUCAAAAGAAGGAUAAUUACAUUUCCCAUGAAAAAAAUGACGAGUGUGAUGACGAUGGAGGGUCUGUCAUUGAUUUGGAUGGGAAGGUCUCUGGACUGGUUAACAAGAACCUUGAAAAUUCUUUUGUACCUUCUUGUAUCUUGGAUAAAUGCGUGGAUUUGUGGCGCAAGUUUCGGUGCUGCAUCCCUCGGCUCCAUUUACGAAUGAAAUUUAGUUCCAUCAAGUUUCUAGACCCAAUACAAAUUGAGAACAUGUGGCGCAUGUAUAAAAUCGAGGACGGCCUUAUUGUUAAAGAGGUGUCAAAAGAAUCACAUGCUGAGAAACUUGGAAUCUGCAUUGGUGAUAUUAUUGAACGUUUUAAUGGAGAACGCGUAUCUACUACAGUUGAGUUGGAAAACAUGUUGCUGGACAGAUGCAGGGACCUUUUAGAUCAAGGAGGUCAACUGAAUGAGAAAAUAGAUGUUUCAAUUUAG